AUGGAAGGCAGCGUUCAAAACAUUGAUAGAGCAAAGAAAUCUUCCAGAUGGGGAAAAGAUUCAUUAUUUAAAAAGUAUUUAGGUGGCCCAGUGAGACAGGUGGUAGAAAAUUAUUUUCUGUUGUCAACAGACUAUGCCUACGAAGAUGCGAAACGACUAUUGGACGAAAGGUAUGGUAACCCAUUUGUGAUAGCAUCAGCUUUUCGGGAUAAACUUGAAUCCUGGCCAAAGAUUGUACCAAAAGAUGCUUCUGGGUUGCUUAAAUUCUCUGACUUUUUGAAGCAGUGUCUUACAGCAAUGAGUAGUGUUCCAAGCUUAAGUGUUUUGAAUGAUAGCCGAGAAAAUCAAAAAAUGUUGUCCAAGUUGCCUGAAUGGCUAGUUAUAAGGUGGAACAGAAUUGCAGCCACAUCGAAGGAAGAACUCAAUGUGUUCCCCUCCUUUAAGCAGUUUGUUGACUUUGUUUCGAAGGAAGCAAAGAUUGCUUCGGACCCAGUUACUUCUGUCUUUUACGUCAAGGGUAAUCUCAGUUCUGCUAGUGACAAGGCUGGAAAAUACACACCUAGACAGGCUAAGGCUUCUGCCAGUCCUGGUUGUCGUUCCUAUCUUUCGAAUACACAGCCGACUACAUAUCAAGGUUCACGUCAGUCUCAGAAUGUUUGUCCUUUAUGUCAAAAGCACCAUUGUCUUGAUGUUUGUUUUUCCUUUCUGAAAAAGUCGGUAGUUGAUCGAAAGGCCUUCGCAUUGGAAAAGAAACUGUGUUUUGGUUGCUUACAGAAAGGCCAUGUAUCUAAAAGUUGCAGACAACGGUUAAAAUGUAAUGUUUGUUCUAAGAAUCACCCUAGCUCUCUACAUGGUGACAAACUUACACAGAGUGAUUCCAGGAAGACUGGCAGCGAAAAUAGUAAUGGUGAUGUCAACAAGGAGACCGCAGUUACAGGUACACCUGUACAGGCUGGACACUCAGGUGCUGCGUUCUUAAGCAACAUAGGCCAGAUCAGUAAGUGUUCAAUGAUUCUACCUGUGUAUGUAUCGCAUCGCGACAAUCCUGAUAGGGAGGUUCUUGUAUAUGCUUUAUUGGGCACUCAAUCAGAUAUCACCUUUUUGUUAGGUGAUACACGCAGUGCAUUGGGUCUUUCUGGGGUUGACGUUAAAUUGUCACUAUCAACUCUGCAUGCCGAGAACAAAAUAGUGAACAGUCAAAAGUUGAGGGGUCUACAAGUUAGAGGUUUCUAUGAUCUUACCCGUAUAACCUUACCUGAUACCUAUACAAGGGAGAUAAUGCCAGCCAAUCGUGCACACGUUCCAACACCCGAGCAUGCUAAGUUCUGGCCGCACUUAAAAUGCAUUUCUGACUGCUUACCACAUCUGCAAGAGGCAGAGAUAGGUUUGUUGAUUGGAUAUAACUGCCCACAAGCUCUAGUCCCUCGGGAAGUUAUUACUCCUGUUGGUAAUGGUCCUUUCGCUCAAAAGACAGAUUUGGGAUGGACAAUAGUUGGAACAAUUGAUUUAAACUGCGUUGAAGAUGACUCAAUCGGCUUGAGUCACCGUGUUCUCUGUUGCGAAGUUCCUUCGGCUCUAUCAGUAAGGAGUAAGUGA